CCAGCACUGCAGUUCAACUAUUUGGUUAAAGCUGUUACACACAUUUUCAUAUGAAAUAUUGUGAGAAGGCCCAUGGAUUAUAAAAAUAAUUUCUCAUGAACAGAGGAACAGAUUAUCAGUGUUGGAUGUGAAGAUGGGACACACUUUGCUCUCUCUACUGGGGUUUUUCUUGCUGAAUUUACUUUACCGUGGACAAGCUCAAGAUGCUGUGCUGACCAUUGAGCCAAACUGGACCACUUUUUUUACCGGAGAGUCUGUGACCUUCAAGUGUGACAUUACAGGAGACAAAGACAGCGACUGGUAUUACACAAUCUACAACCAGCAUAGAGAAGUUUUCUCUUCCAGCAAACAAAAGUCCAGAACAUUACAUUCUCUAGCUACAGGCGACAGUGGUGAAUACCAAUGUCUUUUCCAGCACGGGGGAUCAACUACAAGUAGCAAUACAAUCUAUCUAACUGUAUCAGACACACCUCAGCCUGUCCUCACUGUGUCUCCAUCAUGGCCGAGUCCUGGAGCCUCAGUAACUCUGAACUGCAGUGUUGAUCAUCCUUCUGCUGGCUGGAGCUUCUACUGGUAUAAGGCUGUUCCCCAAAAGUCAUACUACUCCUACAGCUAUGAGCUGCUACCUGGCAGCUACAAUGGGACUAAACAGGGUCUCUUCAUCAUUGAUGGACAAACACACACAGCAGGAUAUGUGUGCAGAGCAGGAAGAGGAGAUCCAGUGUAUUACACUUCGUACAGCAAACCUGUGUUUUUCUGGUCUGGAGAUAUGAAUUCAGCAGCGUCUCUCACAGUGAGUCCUGACAGUGUGCAGCACUUCACCAAAACGUCUGUGUCACUGAGCUGUGAGGGAAACUCCACUGAGUGGAGAGUGAUGAGGUUUUCACAACCUGACAACCUUCUUCCCUGUUCUAUCUGGGGGACAAUGACUGGAUCCACAUGCACAAUAACCAGGAGACGGCUUAGUGGAGUGUUCUGGUGUGAGUCUGAAACAGGACAGUUCAGUAAUGCAGUCAACAUCACUAAAGAUGAUGGUGAUAUUAUCCUGGUGAGCCCUGUCCGUCCUGUGGCUGAGGGACUUCCUGUCACUCUUAGCUGCAAGUUCAAGACAGAAAAUGUAUAUAAUGCGGAUUUCUAUAAAAAUGACAAACUCAUCCAGAACGAUACCAGAAGGGAGCUGACCAUCUCUGCAGUGUCAAAGUCAGAUGAAGGCUUUUAUAAAUGUAAACGGAGAGAUUCAGCAGAUGGUAGGACGUCACCAGAGAGUUGGUUCUCAGUAAAAUCACCGCCCGGGACAGGAAAAGACUCUCAAUUUCCCAUCCUGCUGAUCGUUGGGCUUCUUUGUGGAGUUUUACUGAUUAUUCUCCUGCUGCUCUUCCUGUAUCGCUACAGAAAAUCAAAAGAUUCAUGCUAUAGCAGGUCUCAGAGGACCAAUCAGGGCCCUGCUACAGACCACAUGAUCAACCAGGAUGAAAUUCAAAACAUGCCAGAAUAUUCUACUCUCCUCCAUGGUGAUCGUUGUCUCUAUGAAACAAUCGGAGGGCCGGUUGAAGCUGGAAAUGCAGGUGCCAGUAAUGAACCAGAAGAGAGCCUUUACAUAAACGUGGCUGCAGAUCAAUAAAGACAUCCUCAUGGACAGAACCAAUGGAGCGGAUAAAAACAUGAAAA